AUAUUGUCACAAAACACAAAUUUACAAGUCAUCGGUAAACAUUAAUAUGGCAGCAACAUUGGAAGAUAAAUCGAUUUGGGAAGAUGGCGAAGAACUGGGUGAGGAAGUGAUGCGUAUGUCCACAGAGGAAAUUGUUAACAGGACUCGUCUGAUGGAUAAUGAAAUUAAAAUAAUGAAGAGUGAGGUUAUGCGUAUUACCCAUGAAAUUCAAGCCCAAAACGAUAAAAUAAAGGACAACACCGAAAAAAUUAAGGUAAAUAAAACGCUUCCCUAUUUGGUGUCAAAUGUCAUUGAACUUUUGGAUAUGGAAGCCCAAGAAGAUGAAGACGAUGGAGCUGUACAAGUUUUGGACAAUCAACGCAAGGGCAAAUGUGCCGUCAUAAAAACAUCAACACGUCAAGCAUACUUUUUACCCGUCAUUGGUCUGGUAGAUGCUGAGAAAUUGAAACCUGGCGAUUUAGUUGGUGUUAACAAGGAUUCAUAUUUAAUUUUGGAAACACUGCCCGCUGAAUAUGAUGCUCGUGUUAAGGCCAUGGAAGUAGAUGAACGCCCUACCGAACAAUAUUCCGAUAUCGGUGGUUUGGACAAACAAAUUCAAGAGUUAAUAGAAGCUGUCGUUUUGCCCAUGACACACAAGGAUAAAUUUAAAAAUCUCGGUAUUCAGCCUCCCAAAGGUGUGCUAUUGUAUGGUCCUCCUGGUACUGGUAAAACCCUGUUGGCUCGUGCUUGUGCCGCCCAAACAAAAUCGACAUUCUUAAAGUUGGCUGGUCCACAAUUGGUGCAAAUGUUCAUUGGUGAUGGUGCAAAAUUGGUACGCGACGCCUUUGCCUUGGCCAAAGAGAAGGCCCCGGCCAUUAUCUUCAUUGAUGAAUUGGAUGCCAUCGGUACAAAACGUUUCGACUCAGAAAAGGCUGGUGACCGUGAAGUGCAACGUACUAUGUUGGAAUUACUUAAUCAAUUGGAUGGUUUCAGUUCGACAGCCGAUAUUAAAGUUAUUGCCGCCACAAAUCGUGUUGAUAUUUUGGAUCCUGCUCUUUUGCGUUCCGGACGUCUGGAUCGUAAAAUUGAAUUCCCACAUCCGAACGAGGAAGCUCGUGCUCGCAUUAUGCAAAUUCAUUCACGUAAAAUGAAUGUUAGUAGUGAUGUUAAUUUCGAGGAAUUGUCUCGUUCCACAGAUGAUUUCAAUGGGGCUCAAUGUAAGGCGGUAUGCGUUGAAGCUGGUAUGAUUGCAUUGCGGCGUUCAGCAACACAAGUUACACACGAAGACUUUAUGGACGCUAUAAUGGAAGUGCAGGCAAAGAAGAAGGCCAAUUUGAACUAUUAUGCUUAGUUGAAA